ACUGAGUGAUAAAAAUAACAAUUUAGAAAACUUACGUUCAAAAUAGUAUAAAUAAUUAUUAGGGAAUCAAAUAAUUUACAGAAAAGAUUAUUUCUAGUAUAAACAAACUACAAAACGUUCUGUCAAAUUAUAUUGUGAUUUUGAGUCGUGAGAAAUGUUCUUAAGUUAUUAGUUAUUGUACAUUCUUAAGUGAAAAUCUGAGUUUUUAACCUUUUUAUAAAAAAAUAUGGCUAUGGCCCUCAGAAAAUUGCCGACGGAUAUAAUAUCCGCAACCAAAUGGGUGAUCCGAAGAGAGUUCAGAGCACUUUCUACACUGCCGGAGAGAGUGGAGGAGCCUCCACAAGAAGAACCUAAAGAGGUUCCUCAGCGUCGAGGACCUAAGAGCACAAAUCCCAUUUUAGAACACCGACAUAUAUAUCCAGAGUUUCUUCCCGAUCCCAACCCUAAAUGGAGGAACAGUCUUCGCGAGAAGAUGGAGAGAGCCGAUAUGUUAAAACGGAGACAACAGAUUGAUAUUCCUGAGUUUUAUGUUGGUUCCAUCCUAGCGGUGACAAUCGCAGACCCUCAUGCCCAAGGCAAGACCAACAAAUUUGUUGGUAUUUGCAUUGAACGUAAGGGCUGUGGAUUGAGAGCAGAGUUCACUUUGAGGAAUGUUGUUGAUCAUCAGGGUUUGGAGGUUAGAUACGAUCUUUACGAUCCAACAAUUCACAAGAUACAAGUCCUUCGUCUGGAGAAACGCCUUGAUGAUAAACUGUUUUAUUUGAGAGAUGCUCUGCCUGAAUACAGCACUUUCCCUCUGGACAUGGACCCCGAGAUAUUGCCCGAGGGUACACCGGUGCCUGUUAAUCCUUUGAAGGUAAAACUGAAACCCAAACCAUGGUUGGAAAGAUGGGAGCGUCAAGAGCUGAAAGGAAUUGCCAACAUUGAGCAAUAUUUGACUACAACUAAUAGAUUAAAUCGCAAACUUAGGCAAACACCUUGGGAGAAAUUCGAUUUGAUGAAGCAGUACAGAAAAACGAUACCGAUGGAGGAACAAAGCGACAUCUGGUCUGAGGUCAAUAAUCAGCUGCAACAAUUACAAAUGGCGCGUAAGAAGAUGGCCAGGAAACGCACUUUUACAGCACCCAAAACGCAACUUGGUUAAUUGUAUUUAAUAAUGUAAUUGAAAGUUAGUAAAAUAAACAAUAUAAUAGUACAAUAA